CUUCCACCAAGUUGAUCUCCUGACGGACGUGGAGUCAGUGUGUUGUCCCAGUUUGGAGGCAGGCUGUCCCGGGACACACACACACACACGCACACACACACGCACACACACACACACACACAUCUGUAAUAACACGCACACACAGAUAGAGCCGGGAGAGAGGAGGACGUCUGUGCGCGUCACGAUGCCCGUGCGACAGAAAGAUGCUCAGCGAGCGCUGGAGCUGCUGCAGCAGUACCGGGUCAAACUGGGGCAGAGGCAGCAGGACCAGAAUCUGACCAAAGAGGGCCCCGGGGAGGAAGACCACCAGCUCCAGCAGUCUCUGGACAGAGUCAUCAGCGUCUUCCAAAGUCAGCUCUUCAGCGCUCUGCUCGAUAUCCAGGAGUACUAUGAGUUGACCAUCCUUGUAGACAGCCAGUGUUCUGUGGAGCAGACGGAUGGUCCAGGCCUCCCUGCCUCCUCUAACCUGACAGCACAACUCCCUGAUCAGACACAGGCCUCCCCUGCUCCCCUUAGCCCCCCGGCUUCUAGUGGACCAACCCAGCCAUCACCGUUAACCCCCAAACCUAGGUCAAUCAAGCAUCAACCUGCCCCUCCGGUCCCUGGAACACCGAGACAUUCCCCAACAUCCCCCGGUACACCUCAGUCACAGCCAUCCAAAGUCAAAUACCGUGCUCCUCCGCCUCCUGUCCAGUCUGGAUCGUCUAUAUCCUCAGCAGCAGAGACUUCUCAACCCUCUUCUCCCUCUGCUGCUGGAGUGAACGGAGUAGAAACCCCCACUGGCUCCAUAAAAACACCUCCUGCAGUAACACUGAAUGGAACAAAGCGACUUCUCACUCCCACCAACUCUGGUGCCUCUUCGGAAACCUCCACCAUCUCUGAGAAUCCGCAAAACCUUCCUGCCUCACCUGACCUCAAGCUGUUCACGGUCUCAGCCCUCAUCUCCAGCACCAUCAAGGGCCUUGUGUCUCCAACCACUCCAGACAAACUCAGCCCCACUGGCACCACUCCCCGCACCAGCCCAGGUCUGAACAGAGUCACAGACACUGCAGUCACCUCUACAGCUCUCACGACCAGCAAGGACCCGGGAUUCGGCAAAGUCACUACCACCACGAGUCCAACCAGACCCAACCUGGGGAAAUUUGCCUUCAGCUACCUCAGCCCCACAGCUCCUCCUGGGCCUUUGACUAAAGGACCUCAUCUGAGCCCAGGGUCGGUACAAAUCACCUCCCCAAGCCCCAGUCAUGGUCCAGCCAGCCCCAGGCCAAGCCCACUGACAAGCCCUCUGACCCCCAUCAAGAAAUAUCGUUAUCAAGAAGAAGACGGGGCGUCACCAGGCGCCCCGAGACUCCACCACCACCCCUGCCAUCAUCACCCAAUGGGAGUAGCCAGAGAACUGAGGGAUGGAGGGACCCUGGAGAGGGAGGGGAGGGAUGGAGGCACCCUGGAGAGGGAAGGGAGGGAUGGAGGCACCCUGGGGAGGGAAGGGAGGGAUGCAGGCACCCUGGGGAGGGAAGGGAGGGAUGGAGGCACCCUGGUGAGGGAAGGGAGGGAUGGAGGCACCCUGGGGAGAGGGGGGAGGGAUGGAAGCACCCUGGGGAGGGGGGGGAGGGAUGGAGGAACCCUGGGGAGGGAGGGGAGGCACGGUGGGACCUGGCGGAGAGACGGAGGGGGCCCCGGGACCAUGGAGAGAGAGAGAGAGCGAUCGCUGGGGAGGGACGGAUCUCUCCGACGCCACGCUGACCUGCGGGGGGCGGAGCUGGUGCAGGUGGCGGAGCGGCAUCUGUCUCAGAUUCAACACGUCCACGGAUACGUCACUCACACACACAUAACACCUGCUCAGGUAGAAUCUCCUGACGCUCCAUAUGAUGAAGAGGCGUGGCCUCACCCAGAGGGAGAGAGGCUGACCGACGUUGGCGCCCCGCCUUUCUCCUCCCUCUAUUCACAAAGCCACCCCCACUACCACCAGGCCAACCCUCCUCCGGUGGUGGUCAACGCAGACAGCGUGGACACGCCCCCAUACGUCAAUGGAACAGAAGCAGACUAUGAGUACGAGGAAAUCACGCUGGAGCGGGGUAACUCAGGCCUCGGGUUCAGUAUCGCAGGAGGGACCGAUAACCCCCACAUCGGAGAAGACCCCUCCAUCUUCAUCACCAAGAUCAUACCCGGAGGGGCGGCGGCUCAGAAUGGACGACUCAGGGUGAACGACUGCAUAGUGCGAGUGAACGAGGCCGACGUCAGGGAGGUGACGCACAGCGGGGCCGUGGAGGCGCUGAAGGAUGCAGGAGGUCUCGUCCGCCUGUGCAUCCGACGCAGGAGGAGCCUCACUGAGAGAAUCCUGGAUAUCAAGCUGGUCAAAGGCCCAAAAGGUUUAGGAUUCAGCAUAGCAGGUGGAGUUGGAAACCAACACGUGCCAGGCGACAACAGCAUCUACGUGACGAAAGUCAUCGAGGGAGGAGCUGCACACAAAGACGGACGGCUACAGAUCGGGGACAAACUCGUAGCUGUGAACAGCUCCUGUUUGGAGGAGGUGUCUCACGAGGAGGCGGUGGCUGCCCUCAAGUCGACUCCUGACGUUGUGUACCUCCGUGUGGCCAAACACACGUCGCUUUUUAUCAACGACAACUUCCCUCCGCCUGAUGUCACCAACUCGUACUCCCCACAUCAAGACAACCAUAUAAGCCCUUACAUGAGUGGCAGCCAGUCUGUGAGCCCGGCUCCGUUAACCACUCCCAGAUACUCACCACUGCCCAGGGCCAUGACCGGAGACGAGGAGAUCCCCAGAGAACCCCGGCGGGUGGUGCUGCAGCGAGGGUCCACGGGUCUCGGCUUCAACAUCGUGGGCGGAGAGGACGGAGAGGGAAUCUUCAUCUCCUUCAUUCUGGCCGGAGGUCCGGCCGAUCUGUGUGGGGAGCUGCGGAAGGGAGACCGCAUCCUGUCGGUGAACGGCGUGGACUUGUCCAGUGCGACACACGAGCAGGCGGCCGCCGCGCUGAAGAACGCAGGACAGACCGUGACCAUAGUAGCGCAGUACAGACCUGAGGAGUACAGUCGUUUCGAGGCGAAGAUCCAUGACCUGAGGGAACAGAUGAUGACCAGCAGCGUCAGCUCCAGCUCCACGUCGCUCCGCUCCACACAGAAACGCACACUUUACGUCAGAGCGUUGUUCGACUACGACGGAAGUGCGUGCGAUCUGAGCGCGCCCAAUCAGGCCCUGCCCUUUCAUUUCGGGGACAUCCUCCAUGUGAGCAGCGCCGGCGAGGAGGAGUGGUGGCCCGCCCGUCACCUCAGCCCCCCGCCCCCCAACUGCCCCGAAGUCGGGGUCAUCCCCAGCCGCAGGAGGGCUGAGAAGAAGGAGAGGUCGAGGUUAAAGACGGUCAGAGUGUCCAGGUCUCAGGACAGAUCGGAUCAGGAUGAUAAAGAGCUGGUAACCUCUGGCACCAGCGAUAGUGAGAGUAGUUCCUCCGGUCAGGAGGAGGUUUUACUCACCUACCAACCUGUCAUGCAGCAGGAAGUUAAUUACACACGGCCGGUCAUCGUGCUCGGACCAAUGAAAGAUCGGGUCAACGAUGACCUCAUCUCUGAGUUCCCUGACAAGUUUGGCUCGUGCGUCCCACACACGACACGGCCGCGGCGAGACUACGAGGUGGACGGCAGGGAUUACCACUUCAUGUCCUCCAGAGAGCUCAUGGAGCAAGAGAUCCAGGAGCAUAAAUUCAUCGAGGCCGGACAGUACAACAACCAUCUGUAUGGAACCAGCAUACAGUCUGUCCGAGAGGUCGCCGACAAGGGAAAACAUUGUAUACUGGACGUAUCAGGGAAUGCAAUAAAGCGUCUCCAGAUGGCAGGCCUCCAUCCCGUCGCUAUUUUCAUUAGCCCACGCAACGUCGACAACAUCCUAGAGAUGAACAAGCGCUUGACUGAGGAGCAGGCGAGGAAGGCGUUCGACCGAGCCGUCAAACUGGAGCAGGAGUUCACAGAGUACUUUUCUGGAAUCGUCCAGGGCUCGUCUCUAGAGGAGGUUUACUCGCAGGUGAAGCAGAUCGUGGAGGAGCAGUCCGGUCCGUACAUCUGGAUUCCAACCAAGGAGCGACUUUGAAUAAACACAUCACACACACACAUCACUCUUUCAAUACUUCCUACUUCUCUAAUUUUCUAUUAUCAGCCUGCUUCCUCUCUCUCUCUCUUUGUUUCUCCGGUGCACUCAUCACAACGAACACACACACACACACACACACACACACAUUCACACAUUCACACAAGCACAUGAACUGGGACGAGUGCUGAGACUAUCUGGGACCUGCCAGUUCCUGAAGUGGGAGGAGCUCAAGUCUGUCCAGCAGCCUAUCGGUGGAUCUUCCUACAGCUCGGUUCCUUAAUGUUUAAGGAGGUGGUUUCCAAUCAAGGCGACAUGUACCAUUAUCUGAUUUGAUUUCAUUAUUGUUGUUCUUAUUGUUGUUGUCGUUGUUGUUUUCAUAUUAACGAAGGGUAAUGCAUCAAUGUAUGGGUUUGUUAUGAUAAUAUUGUCACCAAGAGGCAGACUUUUGCACGCUGUAGCUUUAAGAGCAUGUUCUUGGGAGAAAAACUUGAUCUCCUCUUCCUGUCGGACCGUCUUUCCUCAUGGCAUCAUUCCUGUUUAGAGUUUCUCUCUCUCCCUCGUCUUUUUCUUUCUACCUCUCAUAACCCAUCCCUCGUUCCAUCCUCUCCUCUGUCAGACUUUAAAUAUGAGGUGAAAACUUUAAAAUGUGCCCCGACCUUUUGGAAUCAAGGGCCAAAAGGAAACUUUACGUACAGUUAAGGUUACGAGAUGUAGAAGCGAAAUAUAUAUAUGAAGAUAUUCUGCAAGUGGAGUUAUUUAAGAUUUCUAAGAUCAGAUCAAAACUAAAAUAGAUUAUAUUGUUUUUGAAGGCUUGAACAGAAACUGAGCACAUCAGCCUCAUACUGGUGAUAAAGCCCAUGUGGAGCCCUGAGCCGUUAUUUAUCAACUCUCUGAGAAUAUAGAAAGAGUAUAUAUUUAAAUUGCUGUAAGUAAAGAUUAGGACACAUUUGACAAUUCAUCCUGAAAGACUGAUAAUUGGUAAAGGAAGCAGAAUGACCGAAAACAUCUGAGCCCACAGCCGAGGAGAAGGAACAGACGGAGUGGUGAGAAAAGAUAAGUCAGUGGGACAUCUACAGGACUUCAAAGCUGCUAUUUAAAGGUCAAAUAGUUGCUUUAAGAGCAGCUUCUCACAUGUCACUUUACUCUGAGCAGAAACGGACAAUUAGAGACAUGUACUUAAGAUAAUAAAUUUGAAUAUAGUGUCACACUGACAAGUGGAAGUCAAAUGAUUUUAGUUGUGUUCUUGUCGUACCCCUGCGCCUGUUGAAGGAGAUAAUAAGUAGAAGAAAAGGUUAUGUUUAAAAUCGUAUUAAAUGUUCAAAUCAAAUCCAAAUAACAUGUAAUCAUGUUAUUUGAGCUCGAUAUGGUUCAUCGUGACUAAACAUUAUUUUUAAAACUAUUGUAUGUAAGAGUAUAAGCUCCUUUAUGUCAAAGGAAAUUAACAUAUAUUUAAGUCUAGUGAAAUAUAAGUGAAUGAUUUUUGGAUUCAUCUUUCACUUAAGUUCAAAUUGUAACUUUUGCUCCUUAAUAAAAAUGGGCACAGAUCCUCUGAUAAAGAAACUUUAGUAAAUCCCACAGUUUCACUGCCUUUCUCUCCUUCCUCCUCCUCCUCUUCUCUUCUUCACGCCUUAAUUUCCUCCUCUUGUCCUCUCGCCUCCUUUCCUCUCUACACUCACGUGACAUUAGUUGAGCAUCGAACAGUGUAUCAUCAUCUUCAACACUAUCAUCACGAUCAUAAUCAUCAGCAUCAUCGGUAUAGCUUUCCCUUCUUGCUGUAGUUGCACUAAUGAGGGCUGGUUUCAUAAAAGCAUCUUAGGCUCACAGGUCUGAUACCGUCCCAGUGUUUCUCUGGUGUUUAUCGAUGUGUGACGCAUUCACUUGUCCUUCAGCUGAUUCUCUGCUUUAUAAAACUGGUUUGAAAGCCCUGAAGAGAGGACACGUUUAGCAUUUAGCAACUAAACAGCUAAAUCUUCCCUUCACAAGUCGGUGGUGACCAAAAACAGAGCUAAAAGAGAGCAAAGUCAACACUGAUGCUUAAGUGAAAAGAUCGACUAUAAUCUGUGUUGUCAAGUGUAACAUUCAAGAUGCUUUUGGAGACACAGCCCACGUAUGGACCUUGUCAGAUCAACCACGACCCAUCUCCACCCUCAACCCCCCCACGGUGACUCCUCCACGCUGACUGGAGACCAGAGACACACAGAGAGGCUGUUCUGUCAGCAGAGCAGCUCCCGGACCAGCAUACUGGAUAGUUUGGACCAUGUGUGUUUCAAAAGCUUUAAUAUCUCCUCACUGAAUGUUCAAUGCUCCACUCCAAUUCCCCCCCUCGCGUGUUCCUCUGUGCGACUCGAGUAGAUCGCUGGUGUUUGUCAGUUGACAGAAACAAACUCUCUGUAUGACUCCGGCUGUGUGCUUCUAGCCAGGGGACCAGGCCACUGUCUGUUAGAGUAAAGCACUGAUGCAAAGAAUCUAUUACAGAGAUGGAUCUAUAUCUAACAUAUUAUAAUAUUUAUCCCUGCUCUAACUGCCUAUUUUGGUACAAAAAUGAAUAAAUAAAAGUCUUUAUUGACAUCUACUGAAAUCCUUCCACUCAUUACCACAUAUGAUUUUUGUUUCUGUUGAUUAAUGUGAAUAUGAGAUAUUAACUGUGAAUAUGAAUAUAUUUUCCUUUACUUUAAUCUGAACUGCAGGUUUGUAUUGGACUCUGUGAAUAUAUGAUAUGGCUCUUGUGUUGAGUUUGUACUCUGAAUCCUCUGGCUCCGGAUCUGUGCUACGUUCAUAGAAAGUGUUUUUAAUAAUCUCCACCUUUAACCCAUUAAUAGUUAUGAUAAAACACUGACAACGAUGUACUACCGCACAUCAAUGCAACUCUUAUAGCUACAGAUGAGGACCAUUUAUCCAUCUGUGACAUCUGCAUUUAGGUAAAAAGACCAGUGUAAUAACUACAAAUACAAACUUACAACACAUUCAACCUUUUCUCUAACUGUUGCUAAUAAAAUUAUUCCUCUGAACUAGAACAUUCUAAAUUUACUGCGAACACUUAGUGCAACAACAUCAUUGUAAAGUAUAAGCACCUUUUUGAUUCUUUAAAAGUAAU